AUGUAUCAAAGUAUUCCUCAACAAGGAAACUAUAUUUAUAAUGGGAAUAAUAAUUUUUUUCCACAACAACAACCACAACAGCAACAAUAUUUAAAUAAUAGUAAUAAUAAUAAUAAUAAUAAUAAUAAUAAUAAUAAUAAUAAUAAUAAUAUUAAUAAUAAUAAUAAUAAUUUCCAACAAUCUUAUAAUAAUGGGAAUAACAAUAAUUACAAUAACAAUAAUGGGUACCAACAACAAACUUCAUCAUAUGAUAUGUAUGGAAAUAAUGUAAAUAUUAAUAAUAACAACAAUAAUAAUGUAAAUAUAAAUAGUCAAAAUAAUGUAAAUAAUAAUAAUAACAAUAACAAUAAUAAUAAUAAUGGUAAUAUUAAUAACAAUAUGUUAAUGGCAACAUCCUCAGCAUUGAAUAAUAUUGUUAAAGUUACAAAUGGUUAUCAACAACAACAACAACAACAAUUAUUACAACAAACCACCCAACAACAAUUACAACAACAACAACAAUUAUUACAACAACAGCAACAACAAAUUCAACAACAACAAGCAGCUUUACAAUUACAGUUGGAGCAACAACAACAACAAAAAAUGGUCUUAAUGUUUGGUGACGAGCCAAUGGGUUACUUACCUUUCUCUGAAGAUAAAAAUUUAAUGUUAUUAUCUGCUCUAAAUACAAAUGUUGAUGGUGGUUCUUUUUAUGGAAUUCAACAACAACAACAACAACAACAAUUGCAACAACAACAAUUACAACAACAACAACAAUUACAACAACAACAACAACAAUUACAACAACAACAAAUACAACAACAACAAAUACAACAACAACAACAACAACAGCAACAACAAAUAUCACCAAUACAAGAAUCUGCAUCACCCUAUUAUUCAACACCAAUUCAAUCAAAUACAAUGUUAUCAAUCCCUUCAUCACCUGGAAUACCUUCUUCUAUUCCUCAAUUAAAUAAUAGUAAUAAUAUCAAUAAUAAUAGUAAUAAUAAUAAUAAUAAUAAUAAUAAUAAUAACAAUAAUAAUAUAAAUUAUAAUAGUAAUAUGGCUUCAAAUUUUAUAUCUCAACAUAGUAAUAAUGGAAGUAAUACAAGUUCACCUGUACCUCAAACUACAUACUUACAAAAUAGUGGAGGAAAUUUUAAUGCUUACAAUGGAAGUAAUACCAAUUCACCAAUAACACCAUCUUCUUAUUUACAACCAACAACUUCACAAGACCAAGUUAUUCCACAACAAUUAUCUCCAAACCAUGAUCAAAAUCAACAAAUAAUUCAGCAACAACAAAAAAUAUUACAACAACAACAACAACAACAACUAUUAUUACAACAACAAAUCCAACAACAACAACAACAACAAUUACAUCAACCACAAUCACCACAACUACCACAAUCACCACAACAAUCACCACAACAAUCACCACAACAAUUACAACCCCAACAAUCACCACAACAACCACAACAACAACCACAACAACAACCACAACAACUACAACAAACACAACAAAAAACUGUUCAAAGACCACCAAUUAUUCAACCAACUACUAUUCAACCACAAUCACCACAACCACCACAACAACCACAACAAAAACAACCAACAAUAAAUUCAUCAAUAACACCAAUUCAACCAAUUCAACAAAUGAUUCAACAAUUGACACAAAAUAGUUCAACAAAGAGUACUUCAAAGGCUAGUAAUAUUCCAGCAACCACAGCUGCUUGUCCAAAGGUUGAUUUAUUACCAAAUAAAUCACCCAUUUCAUCAUAUAUUUUACCACAUGAUUUUGAAGAGACAUUGGCUCAUCUAAGUGAGAAACAAAAGACAAGAAGAAGAGCAAGUCAAAAUUUAGCAAGUAGAAAUUACAGACAAAGAAAGAAACAAUAUGUCAAUGAAGUCGAGGAUAGAUUGGAUGAUAUCGUUCAAGAGAAUGAAAGAUUAAAGAAAGAACUUUAUGAUUCCAAAAAAAUAUUGAAAAAAUUACUUCAUGAAAAUAAUAUUCUCAAGAGUGGUGGUCAAUUACCAAACAAAUCCGAUAUUCCAGGUUGUACCGGUAGUGAGGAUGAAGAUGAGGAUGACUUUGAUCAAUUCGAUCAACAACAACAAGAUGGUAGCGCUGAUCCAAGUACUCCAGUUGUUGAAACUGAACCUGAUAUUAGUGUAUUGGUCGAUAGAUUACAAGUUGAUAUGAGUAUCACCACUCAAGAUGACUUAACCACAACUUUGAAACAAUUCUACAGCACUUUGAAAAAUCGUCAAGAUCUUUACAUCAACCAAAUUAAACAAAUCGUUAAUCCAUGUACUCAAGCCAAACUUGCAUUAUUGGAUGGUGAAAUCUCGCCUGCUCAAUCUUGUCCAUUUGAAGAUCCAUCAGAGAAACAACAUUCUGAUCCAAAUAGUUCACCCAUUGGUGAUAUGCCAUCACCUUAUGAACAAUUGGAACCAACCAAAUGGUGGUCAAACUUUUGCAACGAAGCAAAUAUUAAUCCUGAACAAGAGAAUCGUGUUAGACAACUCAGACAAGAAAGUAAUCUUAGACAUAAAAAGAUUAUCAAAGAAAGAACUCAUCUCAACAGAGAGAUCAGAGAAUACUACCAUAGUAAAGUAUUCAAUGGUACCGUUAAUAAUGGUGGUAAUACCAAAUCAAAGAAAACCGCAGCCUCUACUUCAACCACCACAACUACCACCUCUACUUCUACCACCACUACCACUACCACCACCAUCAGUACCGAUGUCGAUAUCUCAAAUAAUAUCAGUAGUCCAGUUCAAUCACAUCUUGUACAACUUAGUGGUUUAUUAGAUAAAUUAAAAGAAAAUAUUGACCAUGAAAAUGAAACUCUCAUUCAAACUUAUGAAAAACUUGGUUUCAUUUUAUCUCCUUUCCAAGAAGCUUUAUUCAUCACUAAAAUCUAUAAUAACAUUUUCUCUGAAUCUUCUUAUUCAAAUAUUCAAAUGUUACAUGGUAUCAAAGAUGCAAUUCUUUAUUCUUAUGUUGAUCCAACUUAUACUUAA